AUGGCGCGCAACUCUGAAAAGGCCCAGUCGAUGCUGUAUCGCUUCCGCGAGCAGCAGGCCGUCGAGAUGGGCCUCGGCAACCGCGUGCGCGGCGAGCGCAGGCCGCGCAUGGCGUCGUCCGUCUCGAGCCUGCGCGAGUGCGAGCGCUGGCGCGGCGACAUCAUGAAGGAGAUCAGCCGCAAGGUGUCCAAGAUCCAGGACUCCUCGUUGACAGACUACGAGAUCCGCGACCUCAACGACGAGAUCAACCAGCUCAUGCGCGAGAAGCGCCACUGGGAGACGCAGAUCGUCAACCUCGGCGGCGCAAACUACAAGCGCGCGCAGGCGGCCAUGGUCGACGACGAGGGACGCGAGGUGCCGGGAACGCGCGGGUACAAGUACUUUGGCCGCGCGCGCGACCUGCCUGGCGUGAAGGAGAUGUUUGCCAAAGGCGCCCAGGCAGCAACAGAAGAGUCGGCGCGCAAUGCCAGCUUCCAGAUGUUUAGGAACCAGGGGCCAGACUACUAUGGCGAUAAUGACGAGCUGGACCCGAAGUUGGCGGCCGAGGAGGACGAGGCGACGCGCCAAGACUGGGAGCAGGCAGCGCGCGAGGCCGCCGAAAUAUUGGCGCUGAGCGACGAUGCGGUGGUGCCAUUCCCCGAGCCGAGCAAGCCUGCUGCGCCUGCGGCGGGUGAGGCCUCUACCAAGCGGAAAUCGCCCGAGCCAGAAGCAGCUGCCGAGGAGCCAGCAGCAGAGGACACGAGCAAGAAGUCGAAGAAGGGCGGCAAGGGAGGUCGUGGCAAGAAGGGCGCCGCACCCCCCCCACCGCCACCUGGGGCGCCGGCCGCGACCGGCGGCAACGACGCAGCUGCCGCUGCUGCUCAGGCCGCCCAAGCCGCCCUUGCUGCCAGCUUCAUGAGCGUGUUCGACGCCGCUACGCUGAGUGCACCCACUCCUCUGUCGACCGACGAGCUUGGCAAGAUUCUGCUGGAGAGGAGGAAACAGGCGUUGAGGGAAGAGUAUGGGGUGUAGGUAGAGAGGUGGCGGUUAGGCGCGUGAGAUGAGAGGCGUGCAGCAUGUACCAUUAAAUGCAUUAGAAGGC